AUGAAACCGCGUUCCAUACUGGACUGUCGCGUCGCCGUCUUCCGGGCUACGUCAUUGUCGUGUCCCUGGCGGUUUGUCCGUCAUACGUCACGCAGAGGCGGUUCCUGUUCCUGCUUCAUGAGAUCGGUGAAAACCACCGAACAGUCCAGGUUGUCCGGCAUCAUGAGUCAGCGGACAGAGCGCCGGGGGAUACAUGUGGACCAAUCAGACCUGCUGUGCAAAAAGGGAUGUGGUUACUACGGCAAUGCAGCAUGGCAGGGUCUGUGCUCCAAGUGCUGGAGGGAGGAGUACCAGCGGGUGCGGCAGAAACAGAUCCAGGACGACUGGGCCUUGGCAGAAAAGUUGCAACGAGAGGAGGAGGCAGCGUAUGCCAGUAGUCACGGCGCACAGACCCAGUCCCACGCCCAGUCCACAGCACCUCACUCCGUACACGUCUCUCUAGGUCCCUUCUCCAAGUUCGAGGAGAAGAAAACCAACGAGAAGACACGUAAAGUGACCACUGUUAAGAAGUUCUUCAGCCCUUCAUCCCGCACUGCUCCCAAGAAAGAAACCCAAGAGGGCAAAUCAUCCAGUCCGUCCAUUAGUCGCCACGCCAGCUUCGAUACAGACCAAGUGUCCAAGGACUUUGUGGACUUCUUGAAGAACCUCCAGAAGCCCGGCCGGGAGAUCCACAAGCAGUGUCGAGCCUUCAUAGUCAACAUGUCGAGCAAGAAGGAUCUAAGUGCUGAUGAACUUUCAGAGUGUGUUCAGGAUUUCUACCAGAACAUGUCUGACCGCUUGAUGGGUCACUUCAAAGGCUCUUCAGAUUCUGUGGAGCAGGUGAUGGACCAAGUGGAAAAGUACAUCAUGAGUCGUCUGUACAAGAGCGUGUUCUGUCCAGAAACCUCUGACGAUGAGAACAAGGAUUUGGUCACACAGAACAGGAUAAGGGCUUUACACUGGGUGACGAUCCAAAUGCUCUGUGUGUCCAUGGAUGAAGAAAUCCCUGAAGUCUCUGAAAAUGUGGUCAAAGCAAUAACAGAUAUCAUCGAGAUGGACUCAAAGAGGGUUCCUCGGGACAAACUUGGGUGCAUCACACGCUGCAGUAAACACAUUUUCAGCGCCAUUAGGAUCACCAUGAAUGAGCCGGCCUCCGCUGACGACUUUCUCCCUGCACUCAUUUACAUUGUGCUCAAGGCUAACCCUCCUCGACUUCAGUCCAACAUCCAGUACAUCACUCGCUUCUGUAAUCCAAGCAGGCUGAUGACUGGAGAGGAUGGAUACUACUUCACCAACUUGUGCUGUGCAGCAGCCUUCAUCGAGAAGUUGGAUGCUCAGUCUCUCAACCUUUCCCCGGAGGAAUUUGAUCGCUACAUGUCGGGCCAAGCUUCACCGCGAUUCAACAGCUCAGAGGGUGACUGGCCCCACGCUGGCUCGGCACCUGACGUGACUGCCACCAACCCCGUCCUGGCUCAGCUCAAUCACAAUCUGGAGCUGUUGUCAGGCCUCAGCAGCAAGCAGGAGAGGCUGAUGGAGGCGGCGCAGAGCCUGCAAGCCGACCUCCUCUCCUGGCCUGAGAGUGUACAGCGGGAGGUGCACGGCAUCUUGGAGAAAUAUCCCCUGGAGAUUCAGUCUUGCACAGCUUCUGCCAUCGACGCCAACAACACGGACAAUGACAACCUGCCACCGCCCCUCACCCCCCAGGUGUUCGCUGGGUAGUGGAGUCGACAAAGGGAGGAGACAUUUCACUUACAGCAAAGGUACUCCUGCUUCAAGUCAGCUCAUUGCCUUUGUUUGAGUUUGAUGGUAACAUCCCACUUGCACAAAUGUGCAAAAUCACUCCCUAUUUCAUAAACUGUAUGGUGCACUCAAUUUUCUUUCUGAGUGUCGAAAUAUAUCUACAAUAUAGUGCCCUAAUAAAAUCCACAAUGCAAAGACAAAAGUAGUGUAUUUUAACUCUGAUUGAGAGAACGAGGCAGUGAUUUCAGACACAGCCCCACAGUCACAACAGCAUUUCAAAGGGUGAAAUAUCAAUCAGUUCAUUUCAAUAAAAUCACAGUGAACAUACAUAUUUGCACUGUUGACCAAUAGCAUUCAUCCCAAUAGUGCUAAACUAAAAAUUUACACGCAAGGCAUUUUUUCCUUCUGUUAUGAGACAGGAGACAACAGUAAAAUGACCUCUUUUAUUUAAAAAGAGAGACGUUUUUACAUUCGUGACUGAGCUAAUGAGGUUAAGUGACGGUUAUGAAGCUACCUAGCACAGGUAGCACAGGUACAUGGUAAAGAAACUUGGGGAGCUAUUGCCACUUACUAGCAUGUUAGCUGUUACUAGUUAUAGUAGUUCACCAACUACCACAAUAAGGGACUACCUGUGUUUACUGGCAAAUAAAAAAAACAGCCAAUUAUUCUUUCUUGUAGUGUUUUAGGUGUGAAGUAGAUACUAAUAGUAAAUAACCUAAACUGACGGUGAAGCUAGCCUGUUAGAGACGCUUCUAGUUAAUUAUGUGUGAGUUAACUCAAAACAUACAGUAUUUACCACUAUUUUCUAACUUAUUCCCACUGAGGCUGAACCCUUGACAAUACAAUUACUUCAUUGAUCUUGACUAGCUAACGGAUAUUCAAAAUAGCGCAUCAAAUUGAAUCCUGUCUUAUUGUUUAUUUCCCACAUUUAGCUAAUGUUAAAAGACUAAUGAUAAACAUCUUUUUAAAGACUGCAGAAAAAUUCACAUUUGCCCAGUAAUACUUGAGGAUUUCAUUCUUUGUGUGGCUCUCUUGGACUUUUAUUUGACUUAGAAUUAGGCGUAACAUUCCUUUUUGCUUUUAUAACUUUGGACUGGUGUGAUCGGGCUUUGUAGCUUCCAAAGGGCCCUCAGUUGCAACUGCUUCUUUUUCAUCACAUCUGCCACAAUUUUCAAACGUUGUUUCUUUUGAGGCCAGUUUCACGCGCCAGUACAGCGCAUUACUCCAUUUCUUGCUUUUUUCCUUUAGUUUGAAUUUUGAAUUUUUAAAAACACUUUAUGUUUUAAAAAUUGUACUGAGUUUUUAGAAUUUAUUUUAUUUUGGUAUGCUAGUGAGUCAGUGCUAAAACAUUGUAUGCAUCUUAUACUAUUAAUAGUAUAUUUUAAAUAUUGAUUUAGUUUGUGAUAUUCUGAUGUACUGUAUAAUAUUAAGUGUAACAACAUGCUGGUGUUGUCUGACUGCUGCCCUAUUACUGUCAAGGACUAAAUUAAUUCUGGUGAAGUGACGACUGAAGAACUAAAACCCUAUAAAAUUAGAUCACACUCUUUUUCCAUAUUUACUCAACUGCAAAGAAAAACAGAGCUUUUUUUUGUCAUGUGUGGCUUAACAAAUCCAGAUGUUUCUUCUCAACCUCACUAUGUAAAGUGCCUUGAGAUAUGUUAUGAUUUGGCCCUAUACAAAUAAAAUUGAAUUGAAUUGAA